CACACACGCACGCACACACGUUCCCUUCUCCGCCAGCCUGAGGGACACCGAGACGCUUCCUGCUCCGCCGGCGGAUGGAGGCGCCUCCACCUUGGACGAGGACGAGGACGGAUGCGGGUUUUCGUGUUUCCGCGUGAGGACGGACAGGACAGCGCGUGCGGGGAGGGGGGCUGUGGAUACGUUUUCGGCUCGGUGGGGAGCGGUGAUCUUACAGUAAACAUGCCGCGCGGCACGCACCACCACCAGCACCACCUCCUCCACCUCCUCCUGUAGCGGAUGCGUGAGGGACUACCGCAGCUGCGUGGAGGUGGAGCGGCAUGCGGCGGAGUUGUGGCCGGGAUGGGAGGCUGCGGACGGGCCGCUGCAGCCAGUAGCGCUGCUGCCUCCUGACUUUGUGCGUCCUGUGCGCGUGUUUUGUGUUGUUUUUUUGCAGCCAUGCUGCACGCAGCUCCCUCGGAUCUGUUCCCGACCUGAGCUGCACCGUCUGCAGGAUUAACAAGUUCCCCCGGAACUGGAGCUUCAUCCUCUGCAUGUUUGUGUGAUGAUGAUGAUGAUGAUGAGCUUUCUUCACCAGCAGUUUGGGUCUGUUUUGCCUCAUCAUCAGCCACUGAUCACACGCGGCUGGAGGGCGUGAUUUCCUUGCACCGUCUUCUUCAAGCAGUUGGACGUCAACCAACCACCUCGACCCGAUGGGGGCCAAGCAGACCAAGGGCCAGGAGGCCGGGGGGGCCAGCCCGCAGCACGGCUGGAGACGGACGCCCACCAAGGAGCGGGGCGACAUCCUGGCCUCCCUCAUGCUGAAGUCGGGGGACCGGGGGGGCCGCGGCGGGUCGUCCACGGCGCCGCCGCCGUACCAGCGCCGCAUCGGCAUGAUCCAGGAGAUGAUGCUGAUGGCCAAGCAGGGCAAGCAGGACGAGGCCACGGAGAUGCUCAAGACUCUCCGACAGGACCUGGGCAUGGAGUCGACAUCUCUGGAUGACGUGUUGUACCGCUACGCCAGCUUCAGAAACCUGGUUGACCCCAUCACGCAUGACCUGAUUAUCAGCCUGGCGCGAUACGUCCACUGCCCCAAGACGGAGGGCGACUCUCUGGGGGCGAUGGAGAAGGUGUGUCGCCAGCUGACGUAUCAUCUGAGCCCCCACUCUCAGUGGAGGAGACAAGGUCUCCUGAAGAGGAAGCCUCAGGCCUGCCUGAAGGCGGUGCUGUCGUCGCCCCUCUCCAGCGGCGCCCUGGACCUGUCCGGCAUCCCGCUGGCGCCCCGGGACGCGGAGCGCCUGUGCGCUCACCUGAGGCGCCACGCCCCGGCCGUGGUCAGCCUGGAGCUGGGCUUCAGCGAGCUGACAGACGAGGCCUUCCUGCUGCUGCUGCCUACGCUGGCCGCCCUGCCGCACCUGGAGACGCUGGCGCUGAACGGGAACCGGCUGACCCGGGCCGUCCUGAAGGAGCUGACCGACGCCCUGAAGGACCCGAGGACCUUCCCCAGCGUGACGUGGAUCGACCUGGGCAACAACGUGGACAUUUUCUCCCUGCCGCAGCCCUUCCUGGUCAGCCUGAGGAAGCGCUGCCCCAAGCAGGGGAACCUGCCCACCAUCCUGGAGUUUGGAGAGAGUCAGGUCAGUGACCCCCCCGAGAGGCCGAGGGGCCUCGGGGGGGAGGAGGAGGAGACGGACGACGCCAACCGGACGGAGAGCAUGGGCGAGCUGCGGUCGGAGGUGGAGGAGGAGCUAGACGGGGAGCUGGAGAUCGAGGAGAUGAUGGAGGAGCUGCUGGACUUUGACAGGGAGGCGCAAGGGAAGGACGACGAGGACGAGAGCAUGUGGACGCUCGGCGAGCAAAGAAAGGAGUGGGGGAGGAGGGGUCGUAGGGGGGAGGAGGAGGAGGAGGAGGAGGAAGAGCGGACGGAGAAGGAGGCGAGGCGGCCGGGCGGGAGGGCGGUGAUUGCCGACAAUGACUCCUCCCAUCUGUCCUGCUCCAGCCAAUCGCAGCACUCCUCCGGGGCCGCGGAGCCAAUGAGAGCGGAGGAGGCCGACGACUCGGAGGAGGCGACGGACCGUUCGGGUCACCUGACCUGACCGCCGCUCCUCCCUGCGCCGGACAAGGCGUUGGGAUGCUGAUGCCGUGACACGAGAGGAGAGGGGACGCCCGACGGGACGUCCCGCGUGUCUCUAAAAAGACGAGGACGCUAACGCUAGAAUAGAGCGGCUUCAUCGCGCGAGGCUUUUUCAUGUAUAGAAUCUUUAUUCAGGUCCUGUUCCUCCUGGUAACCAUGGUGAUACCUACAUGUGCCUGUGACACGUCCCGUCUUGUUGAAAUGGGAGAAAACAGAGCUUUUUCUGGUGAUCUGGGUGUUUUUCCUCCCACGUGGGUCGGAUGGAGCAGAAGACGGGAAUCAAAGAGGCGAGCGCUUGGGUGGGAAACCCCGUGGUUCAUGAGAGUAACAAAGAAGAAGAGAAGAAAUCACACGUCAGCUGAAACCAAAAGAGAAAAAAAGGAUGACAGCAGUAAGAAAGUGGACGAGAUUGUUUUAAUCCCAAAAGAAAGUGCCGAUUAGUCGCCUUUUCCCUUAUAAUCAUGUUUCACUUGUGCUCACGUGUUUAUAUAUUAACUACCCUCAGUAUGUAGCCCCCCCCGGCCUGUGCUUUAGCUUCACCUGCGUCACUUAUAGUCGCUUAUAGUCCAACGCAAAGCUUUAACAAACAAAGGGUAUGUUUGGAUGGACAGUACGUGUAUCAUGCAUCAUGGUUUUUAUCCGCGCGGGUGAAAGACGUUUCGAUGAAAGAUGAUCUAUUUAAAGAUGAAAGACACACGAGAAGCAAGGUGUUAUUUUUGUAGUGUGGGAGUAGUUCAAACUAUAUGGGGGGUUUAUGUUUUUAAAUGUUGGGGGAAACGUGAAGCAGGCUCCUCAUGUGUGAUAUUAUAACUAUUCUAAUAAAGAGUUUAUUGGAACGGACACACGGAAUGUUGAAGGAGGUUCAAAAUGAAUGAAUUUAUUUGUACGUUUGCCCCAGACAGCUGCAAACAUGUAUUCCCCUUUGGAGCUGUGAGGCAUGUUAAACAUUAUAAAAUGAAGGCCUUUGAUAUCUUGCAGCUGAUUUCCAUCAAAGUGUCCCUUUAAGUUGCUCAUUUGGGGGGAAUCCAACCAACCGACGCUGCGCCAGGUUUCCCUCUCAGCUCCGUUCACCGGUGAUCUGAAUAGAAGCAUCUACGUUAAACGAGGAAUCUGACACCAAGAAGUGGAGUGAGGCGAGGUCAUCCGGGGUCACCUGCAGAGCAUUCGAACGCAGCGAAAGGCUCCUCAAACUCAAAGGGAAGGUCUGAAUGAGCGUCAACUCAAAUCUGUACUUAUUUGGACUUGAUCGGAGGCCGUUUGCAUUUAUCUGAGCCACUAUUGCUCGAUGAUCUCAGUAGUCCAACCAUGAAUGAAGUAUUAAGAUCACCUUUUAGAGCUUUACACUAAAGAAAAAGUAAUAGUUGUUUCAUAUUAUACUACAUUUCUGCCAAUAGAUUCCUCUAAAUGCUUCACGCUGGCCCUUUAAGACGUACUUCAGCAGUUUGUUAUGUGUGUUAUAACACGUCUUCACUCAUCACCCUGAACGCCACGUGGCUUUUCUGUGAUGGAAGGACGACGCAUCGAUUGCUGUCUUCUUUAAACUAAAUCUCGUAUCGCAUCUUCAUGGAAUUAUUUAUUUUCUUUAGACAACAACUGUAAGGAGGUGGUUUUAAAAUAUAUAUUUAAAAACAUAAAAAAAUUAAACUGCUCUUUGUUUAAUCCCUAAAAAUGUAAAUAGUGCUUCGAUGUAGACUAAGCUGAAGGUCGCCGACCCCUUUGAGCUGUAACCCGUCACAGGACUCCUGACCUGGACGUCACGGCCUCGUGUUCGCGCUCGCAGUGCACUCGUCUGCUUUGAUGUUAAGGUCACGCUGCAAAGGUCAAGCUGAGAGAUCACAGCUGGGAUUCCAUCAACACAGAUUCUGUCUCUUUUAAUUCGGAACCUUUGAUACGAAAGAUUCUGUGCAGUUUGAUCUUAAACUGGUUGGAGGCCGAUAACGUGGAGCGAUGCUGCCCUUUGAUCUUGUUGCUCUGCUAGGCCCCUCCCCUCUUUGGAUACCGUUGCUAAGCGCCUGUGUCAACAUGGCAGCUUCAACAAUAUCAGUGCUAUUCUAAAAAGGGUCGUUCUCGGAAUAGUACGGAAAGGGCAACAUUAUAUAGUUGAGAAAAACAUGGCCGACGCCAUCUUGGAUUUAUUCCCUCAGUAAACCUGUUAAACAGGAGUUCAUACUUUAAAGCUUUGGUUUCAAGUCCUCGUCCAUCUCUUAUAUAAAGUCGAUGUCAAUCACAGUAAGCCCCGCCCUAAAGCAUCCCCCGCUUUAUGGUCUGUUUGACUCUAAAUGGACCAUCUUCUAUGGGAGCAGAGGAGUCGCCCCCUGCUGGUCACUAC